CAGUAGAAGGUAACACAGCUGAAAACAUGAAAGUGGGAAAUUUAGUAAACUUUUCAAAAUGUGACAAUACUAUUGGCAAUGAAUGUAACAUGACGGCUGAUGAUAAAUUUAAUAAGAAUAUGAUAGAUAUUGCCACUGUACCACUUUAUGCUACUCUCCUAUUGAUCAUGCUUUCCUUGGGCUGCACAGUUGACUUGAAGAAGCUGUGGGCUCACUUCAAGAGGCCAUGGGGACUAGCUGUAGGUGUGAUUUGUCAGUUUGGAUUGAUGCCAUUCACUGCAUUUAUCCUUGCAAUUUCUUUUAAGUUGAAACCUCUUCCAGCAAUUGCUGUAUUUGUUAUGGGCUGUUGCCCUGGAGGGGCUAUUUCUAAUAUAAUGAGCUACUGGACAGAUGGAGACAUGGAUCUCAGUAUUUUCAUGACGGUCUUCUCAACACUCCUGGCCACCGGUUUCAUGCCUUUAAGUCUUUUUAUCUACUCAGCCAUCUUGAAACAAGAAGAUCAGAAUACCAACAUCACGACAGAAGUACCUUACAAAAACAUAGGUAUUGCAUUGGUUUUUUUGAGCAUCCCAAUAGUAUUUGGAAUUUGCAUUGCAAGGAAGUGGCCUAAACAAUCAAAAAUCCUUCUAAAAGUUGGAACUGCUGCUGGCGCAGUCAUAUUUUUUAUCAUAGCAUUGACAACCUCACUGCUAUACAGAGGAGCAUGGAAUGCUGACUUAUCAUUGCUCAUCAUUGGAGCCAUCAACCCUCUGAUUGGUUACACUGCAGGUUUUGUUCUCGCUCUGAUCUUGCAGCAAUCGUGGAAGAGGUGUCGAACAAUAGCUUUUGAAACCGGGACACAAAAUGGACAGCUUUGUACAACAAUUCUAAUGCUAUCCUUUGGGUCAGAAGAGCUCAAGUUAAUGUUUGCAUACCCUGUCAUUUAUAUUUUCUUUCAAAUAUUUCAUGGAUUAAUACUCGUCAUAGUCUAUCAGCUAUAUAAAAGAUUCAGAAGAUCCACAUCUCACAAUGGCUAGAAGAAAUUCAAUGACCAAAGAAGGGAGAACAAUGCAGCAGCAGAUGAGAACACUUAUGAAAUUACUCAAUCAAUUCAAGAAGCGGAAUUGAAUACUUCAAAGAUUUCAAAAGAAUUACUAGAAAAUAAUUAGAUUUGUUCUUCUAAUUCUCGAUAUUGUCUCAUUACCUUGUGAUUUCUGACAUACUCCAUAUUUCCCUUUAACUGGUUCUCUCAAUUUUCACAUUAAAUUGCAUUGCCAAUAUUUCUUUUUUAAAUUUAUCCACUUAAGUUCAAAUGCACCAAUGGCUUCAUUAGGGAAAAGUUAAAAUGGGACUUUAGGAUAUCGGCACAGAAGUGGUUAAUUAACAAAAUUAUUUGCUAAAAUUUAAUGAAAAAGGAUUUGAAAUGAUCACAUUAAAUGUUUGUAUGAAGGCUUUACCUGGUGUAAUUUUGAGGCUGCCAUCACAAGAAUGUUGAUGGGAAUAGUCUUUCAAUUAUGUAUAGGUAACAGUGAAACUGAAUGUACCGAGAAAUUUUAAACUAAAAAUCAUUGAGUGGGUUACAAAACUCAGUCCCUGUGUCAAGUGUGGGCAAUGAAAAAGACCCAUUUUAAAGGUACCAGUGUUCAAUUAUAGAACCUGUUAUAGGCUGCACUGUAUUUGGCAUUUGCAGUAUUAGAAAUUUUUCUGUGUAACUGCUUAUUUUACUGUACAGACACAAGUCUUCCCAAUUGCUUCCCAUUGCCAGAUUGACAAUGAAUAGAGCUCCGCUCCUACUGGUUGAAUUUCCUGGGCCUCUGUCUCUUUGUCUUUGCUGACUUAUUUUCCUCAUCCCUGGACCCUUUCUGUCUGUGAACUGAAAAUUCCUGGCCUUGGUCCCUGGACUUCAGAUAAUAUAACUUCUUGGAUCUCAAUCUUUAAUCCAUUGCUGAGAAUUGCUAGCUUUCCAUGAACUGAUUUUCCUAAGCCAUGAUGAACACCUCUUAGCUGAUUGUAUUCCUUGGACUUCAUUUGGAAACCCAACUUUAACCAGAUUCCUAAAUUCAUUCCGGAUUUGGCUCAGAAUUUUCAAGAUGGUGCUUUUAUUGAAUUCAGCAACAUUUUUCCUUUCACUUUACAAAAGCUGUUGUUGGUCAGACACAAAUCUCAAAAAUUGUCCAAUUAUGUCUCGGGGAGCUUUGACAAAAAAAAAGAAUCAUUUACAUUUUAGGUAGUUAGCUUCAAAUUCAUUCUGAAUGGAAGUGGCAAAGCUGUAAAGCUGAAUUUUGCUGGGUCACAUUUUUACAUUAAUCACUUGCAUUUGACUUUGUAUAAUACAAAUUAAGUAGACUUUCCCAAGAUGGCUGUAUGAAAAAAUAUCAAAAAUUGAACAAGUUUCAUGAGAUUUUUCUUGAACAGGUGAUUCAGCAAGUGACUUCAUUUAUCGUUAUGUAGUUUUGACUUGUUUAAUUGUAUAUUUUCCAUCGAUAACUACAAGAAGUCAAUUCUUUUAUUACUGUAAAUGCAAUUAUUUUCAGUAUACAAAUAAUAUUUAACCAAUUUUAAGUGAACUAUUUUGUUAUAUUGGAAUUUUUUAACCUGGAGAAUUUUUAUGCUUAAUGUUUAUAUCUGUUUGUAUUCCAUUUUAUGGCAUUAGAAAUAGUUAAUCAAAAUAAAUAGUGUAUCCCCGUGUUACAGAGGGGUUGCAUUCC